AUGAUCCGUACCGGCAGAACCAAAGGAUGGCUCAAGCAGCCAAUUGACACUCUACCGACAUGGGCGACCUUUCAUGGUGUGACCUUCAAUGGUAUCAAAGUCGGUCCACUGCCAGGCUUUGAAGACCGAGGGUCGACUGUUAUAGCAGAUCGUGAGCUCGAUGGUGGCAAGGUAGAGCCGCUUCUGGUCGUGCCAAAGGAACUCAUCAUUUCGCGGCAAAACAUAGAACUCUUCGCAAAAUCUGACCACCACCUACGCGAAGUCAUCGAAGCCACUGGAGAUUUUGGAAGGACGGCUAGAGGCGCAGUGUUGCUAUUUCUACUCAUGCAAGCGACCAUUUGCUGCCCAGACAUCAAGGAUGUCGGCGUUCUCAGUCCUUUGACGGAGUACAUUAAGUACCUUCCUGAUGAGCUUCUGCCUACAUUUUGGACAGAAGAAGAACAGGAGCUACUCACAGGGACCACACUACAGCCUGCCGUUCGUGCAAAACUAAACAGCCUGCUACGUGAGUUCGAAACCGUACGAACAGCCACUGAAUCCAUUGGUUGGUGCGCAAAAUACUGGUGGAACGAAGACAACGGCAUGGUCACCUUCGAGGACUGGAUGCAGGUCGAUGCGAUGUACCGUUCCCGAGCUCUAGAAUUCCCAGGCGUUGGUGACUGCAUGUGUCCAUGCGUGGACAUGGCGAAUCAUGCUUCUGGCGACGCUACCUCUGCUCUUUACGAGACCGAUCAGGAUGGAGACGGUCUGCUCUUACUGCGAGAAGGCAAAAAUAUAGAGAAAGAAGCAGAGGUCACAAUCACGUACGGUGACGACAAAGGCGCCUGUGAAAACAUCUUCUCCUACGGAUUUCUUGAAGACACCAUGACCUCAGCCAGAGUUAUGUUCCUGAACAUCGAUAUCCCCGACGACGACCCUCUGAGGCCUGCGAAAAUCUUUGUUUCCACUGCUCCCCCUGGCUUUCGCAUAUUUGAGAAGUCAGGGACGAUCGAUUGGGAGAGCGACUUCAUCUGGCUUGUGAUUGUCAACGAGGAAGACGGACUGGACUUCAAAGUCAGGCAAACCGUCGAUGGCAAGCGCGAGAUCCAAGCCCUUUGGAAAGACGAUGAUCUGGACGAUACUAGCAAGCUUCGGGAUUAUCUACGUGGGGAUCCAUUAUGGGAUGUCUACCAACUUCGAGCUACGGUGCUGCUGCAGGGGCGUGUCGAGAUGCAGAUCGAGACUCUGGAGGGACUAGGGAAUCCCCAAAAAGAGGCGUCAAUUCGAGAAGUCCCCUGGCGCCUCGCGGAGAGGCUCCGCAAGCUUGAACUAGAGAUGCUCGAGAGAGCUAUUGAGGCCUUUGAAACUCAGAAAUCAAAACUACUUGAGUCAGCAGUCGUCCAGCAAUACCUGGGGCUUGGUGCUGAGGGCGAAGAAGACGAAGACGUCGACUUCACUUAG